CGCACAAGAGACGUGUCUGGCCGCAGUGCUGCUCCCCGCAGCCCCCUCCAUGCUGGCAGCCCCCGGUGCCCCGCUCCGUCCCGCACACUCCCCGCGCGGCCACAAACUCGGGAAAGAAACUUUCGUUACAUUGUAGCAAAGAGAAGUUGUUAGAGCGGCAGCGCGCAUGCGCGGGGGGGUGCACCAGAUUCAAACAGCUGGUGCAAAGGGCUCCCCUCCAGUCCAGCUGGCAUCUCCGGCCGACCCAUGCCAGGCUCCAACAGGGGCACAAGCCUAGAGUAAGUGUAGCAGCAGCCGCCAUGGUGGACAGAGGGCCCCUCCUGACCUCUGCCAUCAUCUUCUACCUGUCCAUAGGGGCAGCUAUCUUCCAAGUCUUGGAGGAGCCCAACUGGAAGCAAGCGACCAAGGAGUAUGACGAGAGCAAAGCCAAGAUCCUGACCAGGUUCACCUGCCUGAGCACCAAGGACCUGGAGGAGAUCCUGGAGACGGUUUCUAAUGCUGCUGGUCAAGGUGUGACGAUCACCGGGAACACUACCUUCAACAACUGGAACUGGCCUAACGCGGUUAUCUUUGCAGCCACGGUCAUCACUACAAUUGGUUAUGGUAAUAUAGCCCCGAAGACGUCUGCUGGGCGGCUGUUCUGUAUAUUCUAUGGCUUGUUCGGAGUGCCGCUUUGCCUGACUUGGAUCAGCGCCUUAGGAAAGUUCUUUGCAGGACGAGCUAAAAGAUUGGGCCAGUUUCUCACUAAAAGAGGAGUCACUCCGAGGAAAGCCCAGAUCACCUGCACUGCCAUCUUCCUCUUGUGGGGCGUCCUGGUCCACCUAGUGAUCCCUCCAUUAAUCUUCAUGAGGACUGAAGGCUGGAACUACAUCGAGGGUCUCUACUUCUCUUUCAUCACCAUCACCACCAUUGGUUUUGGAGACUACGUAGCAGGUGUCGAUCCAAAGGUGUCUUACGGUGUCCUCUACAGAUAUUUUGUGGAAAUUUGGAUUUAUCUUGGCUUGGCCUGGCUGUCCUUGUUCGUGAACUGGAAGGUCAGCAUGUUCGUGGAGGUCCACAAGGCCAUUAAAAAGAGACGUAAAAAAAGAAAAGAGUCCUUUGAAAAUGACCCACGGACAAAAAAGAGCAAGCAGAUCCCCAUGGCUAAUUCAAAGGACGUCAACAUCCUGAGCUUCCUGUCUAAAAAGGAGGAAACCUACAACGAUCUGAUUAAACAGAUUGGCAAAAAUGGUUUAAAGACUGGCGGGGAUAGAAUCCUGAAUGGGGAUCUUCCCGGCAACAUGCCAAGUAAAGGCAAGGAGAUGAUGGUGGUCUACACUAAACGCAAUGGAUUUGGCUAUGAUGCUGUGACCUUCUCCAGUGGUCUUCAGAAAGAAAAUGGAAUGAGGCCCCUGCAGGACAAGGAAGCCACCAUUUUCAUCAACCAGUUAGACCGGAUCAGCGAAGAGGAAGGAGAACUGUGGGAGUCAAAAGAUUAUAAACCCUUGAUUUUUCAGAACAACAUUAACUUUGUUCAUGAGGAGGAGGAAGAAGAGGAGGAUGAAUGUGAUAACUCUGAAGAUGAGGAAAAGUCUAAAUCUUCUAUCGAGGAAAAUAUCGAGAACCCAGAGACUCCCACUAGACUGGAUACGUUCACAUGUCUAGACGAGUCUUCUCUUUCCAGUAACGACACAGAGGUUUAUGUUCCAUACGAAGAACUUGUGAACGAGUACAAUAAAAUUAAUAGCAAGGGAGAGACGUGAGCCGAAGGCCGAGCAGACUGGUGAUCGUUCUGGAAAACGAUCAUCUAUGAUUGUUCUUUUUGUCUAGUUGGACAGAUCUGGCUGAUCACUAGAAUGAUAAAGAGCGUAGGUUCUCUGCACUAGGUCUAAACCCGUAGAUUGUUCCGUUGACGAGUCCGGUUUGAAACUGUUGGUGUAUUGAGUGUUGUCUCAUUCUUACACUGGACUUUUUCUAGCAUCAUGUAGGAAAACUCAAGGCAAGUCGUCUUCUCUGAAGAUCUGGGUUUGGCAAGUCCAACCCUGUCAGUUUCCGAAUUUCUCCUGCCUUCUGGUCCAUUUUACUUCCUCUCUGAAGAUACUUGAAUUUAAUAGAGCCAUGGACUUUUUGUAUAUAUGUAAAUUCAGUAUUUUAGUCUCACUGUCUCCUAAUGUAUUGGCGUGUACUGUAUUUAUGUACGGAGAAAAUGACUGGCCGCCGUUAUUUAUUUGAGAAGCCGCUUUCAUAGAGAAAUGAAGGUUUUAGAAGUAUUUUAUGUUCUUAGAAGGAAUUGCACCAGUUACUUAUAAUGUGACCACAUAUAUUGACCCUCUCCUAGUAGAUGCUUCAAUAGUAAUUGCUCCUUAGCUGGUGGGAUCGUGCUCUUUCCCAAGGAAAUAUUUUACAUAAGGUCCCAUCUUUCAUAGGAAGAAUAACCCAAAAUUCAAGUUGUUGUAGGUUCAUUAACCAUCACUCCACUCAAUGUUUAGUGGAAAACCUUAGCUUCCACCUCUCCUCCAUAGACUGCCUAAAUAUAGCUUGAACUGGAACUGUAAUGUUUCAUGAUUUCUCCGACUGGCCAAACUUUUUGUUAAUGGACCAUGUCUUUUUAUAUUUUUAUUUUAUUAUAUGUAUAUUUUGUGUCAUGCACAUUCGGUACUGUAUCUUAAACUUGAAAUUAACGUUCAGACGCUCCCAACACUGCAACCAUUUGGAAUCGUUCAUUCUAAUUGUAAUCUACACCCCGUAAGUUUCUGAUAACCCAAGGGUGAUCUGUACGCCCUUGGCUCCUAGGCAUUCCAAUUGGUAGAACGUCUCAUAUAGGACUUUGUUCUGCACUCCUGACAAAUUCUUAAGCUGGGGGCUAGAGACCAAUAAUGGGGAGGUCAUGUAAAACCCUCUGCUGCUGGGAUCAGAAUUGAUUGAUCUAGCUGAGAAGAUGAAUGGCAUCCUAUUUGAUCAAAGUAUUCAAUGCCUAAUCAUUAGGAGCACUUGGGGUCUUGACGUCCUGGUGGAACAUGGCCACGUAAUACAUUCUAAUUACCCAUAUUGUUAAAAAUUAGAACUUUUGAAUUAAUUGUUAGGUGAUGAGUUGGACAGCAUAGUUGGGUCUGUAUCUGUAAAUAUUAUACUAGGAGACUCGGAUCUUCUUUUGAGGGCUACAUCUGCCUAAGUCUUCAGUGUCUCAAAAGAUAUCCUCCACGUACUCCUCCAAAAACUGUUUGCAGAAAACUCGUUCAGCCGCCCGGUUUCCUCCUGAUCUUCCGCCAUACUUCUGCACGCUGGGCUUGUUUAAGCAUGCAUGUAUAUUCUCAAUGGGUAGUGGGAAGUAAGCCUCUACCAAACUCCUGGAACAAAAAGAUUAGGUGUUGGAAGUCCAACAUGCCUGAUCUUCGUUUCCCUGACGUCACAUAAGAUGGUCAACUGGUGGAUUCAGCUGACUUUUCUGUUAUGUUUAUGGGUAGUGUUGAGCGAACUUGUGUUUUAAGUUCGGCAUUUAAAGUUCGGAUUAUCGAAGAAUCACGUUAUGGAUUCUGCUACCAUGGACCAUAACGAAAUUUAGAAUUCAUAAUGCGGUUCUUCGAUAACCCGAACUUAAAACACAAGUUCACUCAACACGAUUUAUGGGGAAACCUUGUAACCAUAGGUCUAAAGGCACAAAACCAUGAGGGGCCAAACUACGUGAUGGGCUUUGUGUCCUCCUGACCUGCACACUGUUAAAGGAGUAUGGUAUUCCCAUCUUGGGAUGACCCCCUCCCCAACCUUGCGCAGGGAAAAUGGUUGGAACUAAGGAAACAGCGGUGCUGAGCCAUGGAAAUAAUGCAGCAAAAUGAAAAACACUGUAACACAGAACCCCUUUCAUCCAUGAACCACCUGCUGCUAAUGGCUCCCCUACGUCCCCCUUUAUCUCUUCCUCUUUGGUGUAUUUGUUUUCUAAUUGUUUGACCUAAUCCCAGUGCAAACUGCAAAGAGAUUAGCUAAAUGUGAAGUGCCCUGCCAUUCAGGGACUACUUAAUCCAGAAGUGGUGUCGGAACGUUUCUGCUUUUUCUAACACUUCUACAUUUUCUACACCUUGUAGCGAGUAACAGAAGUUGGAAGUCUCUCUUCCUCCUCUAAUUCAUGGUGGAUAAACUGUACACUCCAAAUGCCUUGUGCUGACCUGACAACUUUAGGAAAUUGUGGUUUAUGUGAUUGGGGGGGGGGGGGGGGGCGGGCGUCCCAGCCUGAUCCACAACACUCCCUGGCUGGGUAUUGCACACAAGUCAUGGCUGCUCAGUUCAGAUAGAUUGGAUUAUGGACCAUGGAUGGUUCCUAGGACUGGGAUCACUCUGGCUGUAAUACCAUACAUCUAACCAUCUUGUAAUGGUCAGUGAGGUCAUCUGCUGUGUAUAAUAAGGUUCCUAGAAGGUGCAGGUGAUCGAGUCUCUGUUACUCCACAUUGUUUCGGGAGGAUUCUGCACUUUUAUAAACCAAAUCCAUUUGUUGUGAACUUCUUAUCCUAGACUUGAAAACACUCCAGCGCUCUCUCCACCCGUCAAGAACUGCCUUAUGAACAAGGAACUUGGCGCAGUCAGGGGACCUGGACCAAAGCUGGUCAAUGAUGUGAAUGUAUUACAAAGAACUGUCUCCUGCGUAUAGUGUGAGAUAUUCCAGGCUGCAGGGUCCUAAGAGGUUCUCCUGGCAUCCCGACCUUCUGUAAUAUUGGGAUAAUGGAUAUUAAUCACAAACUCUCAUGUGUUUGAGCCAAAAGUUUUUGAAGGUGACCAACUUCAUACCCUGUUAUGGUGUCAAAGAAGGGGGGGGGGGGGCAAAAAAAAGUUCAGGACCUCCAAAGUGAGGUUCAUCUGCAAGCUACCAUGGCUGCAAUUUAAAGGCAAAGAAGGACUACAAGUAGCAGCACACUGCUUUACAGAAGGGGCACUUUAUGUAAUUUUUAGUAGUCAUUGGGUCCUGAAAGCCGUGCCUUGUAGACUGUGCGCAAUGUCCACUCUCUUCCUCUUGUCUUCUGUGAUCUCUCCCAGCUGCCGAUAUUCUUUGUAGUCUUUGAAUGUCCUGAUGCCUCAACCUACGUCUUGUGUGUCACUGUGUGUAAAUAUCCCGCUACUCCUUGUGUAAGAUAAUGUAAUUUAUUUUAAUAUUUUUCAAUAAAAAAUGAAAACCUAAA